UAUCAUGUCACCGAUCCGUAUGAUUAGCAGAAUUCCAAAAUAAACACCUUAACUUAGAGUUUGGAGAUCUGAUUUAAUCAUUAAGAACACACAUUUGCGUAUGUAGCCUAGAGAAACUUUUAAAUUAUUGAAUGUUUUCUGUCAAGAUCCAUGGGUAUGUAAAUAAAUGACUCUAUGGACCGCUAGUGACUUGUCAAUUUAAGGUGUUAAAAUAUAAAGAAAACACUGAUGAAAAUGAUUGACAGGAGUACACCGCGACUACUGGAACAAGUCGUGUUCUGAAGUAAAUAUGUACGUUAACGAUUGUCCAAAUCUUUUCGCUCAAGCAGCCAUGGAUGCCUGGUGGAAGCUGUGUAAAACAGCCAUGAGAAGCAGUCUGUCAUCAGCAUUUAACGCAUCCUUCACAUAUUUUUUUGCAUAUAUGCAAAACAGGGUCAUAUGAAAUGUUUGUUUUGUAUUGAUGCCUUUUUUAAGGCCCGGACGUUCUCUAUUCACGUUAACCUUGCUGCUGUUAUCGCAGUUUAUGCAAACUGUGAAAAUCAGUCAAUAGGGACGGAUUUCUCCCGAUAAAUUUCAACAACACAAACUCGCUCAUCAUCGACUUUUAUCGACUAUGUGCCCUAUGGUGGCAUUUUUCCCUAGAAAUUGCAACAACUAUUACAGUAGCUACCAAGUUUCAUAUGAGAGUGUAUGUACAGUAUAUUUCAUGUGUGUACACUCUGUUUCUAAUGGUUGUCAUUCGGUGGGCCUUCGCGGGCAAAUCAGAUCUCUCUCUUGCUAAAUGUGAACAAUUAAAAAAAUAGAAAACCAGAACCUGAAAGUAAACAAACGUGAAAGUAAAACAACCACGGCUAUGCCAUAGUGACAUCACCAUAGUGAAAAUGAAACAAAACCAUGUUGAUUUCAUUCUCUUCCUGCUUCUGUCAAAGCUGCUUUGUGUUGCAGAGGCUGUGGCUCAACAGAACGAGCAAAAGGAGGUUCAACGAGGUCCCUUUGUGUGCUGGAAAAAAUGAGCUCCUCGAGACAACGGGGUCAAGACUCCCAUGAGAGGAGAAAGAAGUUGUCCAGAGAGACCAGUGAGUUCAAGGACGAAAGAAAGCCUUCCAGACAGAGCAGAAGCCCUUCCCGAGUGACAGCCCCCUUCAGACCCAGGUUUGGUGAGAGAUUCUUCAGACCACGUUUCAUAAAGGCUGGGCCUUUUUUUCGGAGACCUGGGUUUAGCUUCAUGUUCCAGAGGUACCGCCCUCCUGCGGGCAUGAAGUUACAAAACAGACCUCCUGUGGGGGUGGCAGCCCCACCUUUGCCUUCCAACCAGCGCACCAGCAUUAACAACACAAGCAAGUGCUCCAAAGGGAUGUCAACAGAUCAGAAGAAUUCUUCUAAGUCAUCUUCCGCUGCAAGCAAAAAUAAGGGGAUGACAUCUCUCUCUUUCACAGUACACACCAGUCAAUUCCAAGAGGUCUUGCAGGAGGGCGAUGACUCUUACAGUCAACAACUGCCAGACUGUGCAGCAAGGGCUGCUAUGCGGAACAGAGCGGUCCAGCAAAAGAGGAGAGAGAUUGAAGAGGUGUACAGACAGGACUGCAACAUAUUUGGGAUUGUGGUGAAGAUGCUAAUUGCCAAGGAUCCAUCCCUGGAGCAACCAAUCCAGGCAUCCUUCAGAGAGAACCUUCAGGACAUUGGUUUGCGGUGUGCAGAAGCCAUGCAGCAGUUCAUUGAAGAAUACGACCUGCUGCAUCCAAGCCCUUUGUCCCCAUCUCUCUUCACAAAAUGAUACAUUUUCUGUCCUGCGCUACUGGGUCCGUCUUCAUCUGCUGCUAUAUUAGUCACUGCCGGCAAACAUCAUAUCUAGUCUUAGUUUACGGGUUCAUUUAUCUCCCCAAAAAAACGCUUAGAUGAAACAAUGCUUUCAGUAAUAUGGAAGCUAUUGACAGAUGAGAUAUUUUGCAUGGCUAUAAAUAAAAAUGUAUUCAACGCGGUGCUGCCAUUUAGAUGCAUUUGGCUCUAACUGAGUUUGCGUUUUGUUGUCAUGGAUACGGGCAGAUUACACAAGCCUCCACGAUGCACGUGUAAGAGCAAACACGUGACGAUUCUUUCACAGAUCAUUGGUUGGUCACCCCUUUUCAUCGUUGCUCCUCUCAGCACAGGAGACAGGAGCGCUCACAAAAACAGCAACACUGCCGUCACACUAUGGCUGGGACCUUACGCUUUUAAAUGCAGGCUGGUUGUAGAUUCAUACUGACAUCUUGGAACAGUGUGCUUGAAUAAUGAAAACACCUGCUCAGAUUCAGUUAUCAUGGUGCAGGAAAAAUUCUCUCACGUAUGUGCAGAACUCGAAUAAGCUAUUUUUCAUGCAGCAGAGAGCAUUUAAAAUGAAUCACAAUAUGUUCAAUGAAGGAUAAGCUUUUCUUGCCAGCAGCAUUUUUUUAAAUUAUUUUUUGUUGCACAAAAACAUACCCUCUUCAGCAACCAGAUUUCAUCUUAAGAUCACUGGUGUGUUUGCUUAUAUGAGAUGUACGCUUCCUUAUAGAGAGGUGACAUUCACCUACAGGUGCCAAAAUGUUGUUUUCCUCCUACUUAGAAUGCUUUGCUGGUUGCUACUGUUCAAUGUGAUUGCACUGAAUAGUUUGAAUCCUUCAAGUAAAAGUUAUCC